CUGACCUCACGGACACUCCAACAGAAUCAACUGAACUGACCAGUGAGGAAGUCUUGAGCUCAUCGGAAUCAACACCCUCAACCACUGGACUUGAUUCAAUAACAUCAUUCCCCGACUAUAACAUCGAUGAUGAGAUUGAUACUGAUUUCGGGGUUGAGGCACUGCCACCUACUCCGCCCUACCAACAGGAGCUCUCGAUUGGCCCAUCAGACAGCACUAGUAUUACCGAUGAAACGUCAACCAUUCCCACUGACACCACCUUUAUGUGUAACACCCAACCCAGCAGUGAGGUGGAGAUUGCCACUACCACAGGACUACCAGAGGCUACCAGCACUGCAACACAAGCCACACCUCAGGUGCGAAAUGUAGAAACACCCAUCUUGAAGGAAGAGACCACAUCUGCAGCUGCAACAACCUCCGCCAUCCUGAUUGAUAGUGGAACAUCUGACGAAGAUGUGACAUCGUCAACAGGUGUUCAUGUCUUUGAUGAGUCUACUAGUCAAUUGCAAGAGCACAGUGGUGACACCCUGACCGAGGACGACACAGCAACAGAAAUUGGCACAGAGUUCUUUACAUCCACUUCCAGAGCUUCAGCUGUGGCUGACGCUACCAGCACUCCUGGUGCAGUGGUCACUGACAAACAGUUCAUCCAAGUGACCCCUGUGAUGCAGAAUGAAACAGUUGACCAGCCUCUACAGCCUCAACAUUCUCAGUCUCCUGUCAUACCUGUUGUGCCUGACCAUCCCACCCCCUCCCUAGCUGAUGGAGAGCCCAUCCUGCAGAGUGGAGACUCAGACCUUUUCUCCCAAACUGCUAAAACCAUCACUCCAACUGUCAGCUUUAUAAAUGGUAAACAUGAGAUCACACUGGAUCCACAGACUCCAGAAGAAAAGGAGGCCAAAGGUACCCGGAUACUGACAAAUGUGACUACUCUUGAAAUUACCACAGGGUCUGAUGAUAGUACAACCAGUCCCCCCAUUGAUAGCAUCACUGAAUCUACAGAGGAACCUGAAGCAAUGCUAACUUCUACAGAGAUCCCAGAUGUUAAUAAAUAUGACCCUGAUAUAAUCCCAACUGUUGAAUCAACACCUCGUCACAUAAUCCCUGAAGUGGAUGAGCUGACCACAAAAGGCCCCACACAGAUGCAUACAACCUCUGUGGUGACCUCAACAAAAGAAGACAUAUUUCCAUCGAAAGCUACGCAAAAAACUGAAGCUGGGCCAGAUGCCACAGAAGGGACGAGUCAUGUCAUAGCUGCCUCUGUUCCUGCAGUAACACCAGCUGAGCCCCAGCUUACAAAAGCAACUGAAGAAACCCAAACAACAAAGGCUGAGGAAACCACCACUGUCAUCACUACAUCUGCACAAGACAUAGACGAGUCGGGGAGGACUAACACUUAUGUGAAAAGUGACUCAGAAGUCACUCAGAACCGAUCCACUGUUACUUCUUCAGCCAAGCUUUACACAGUCAGAGAUCAAGCUGAAACCACAGAGGAAACAAAGAGCACAUCUGCCGCUCCAGCUGCUGAAGACAGCACUCAGUCUAUGUUACAUGCUGCGUACACCCCCUUCUCCGGUGAGGCUGAUGGGAAAACACCAUCAUCAACGACCAGUGACUCACAGAGCUUUACUCAAGAUGUGGAGGGAGGGAAAGGGACCCAAACCUCAAAAGAGUUUGCCUUCAGCACAAUGACUCCUUCAGUAUCUAGAGGUCCAUCCUCUCAUGUACAGACGGACAAGACUGAGGUAACAUCAGCUAUAGGUGUACGGAGCACUGAAUCAUCAGCAUCUGCAGCACCCAUCCUGGAUGAAACUUCAGAGGGUACAGUCACAAGUCAAAGAGGGACAACACACAGCCAAAUGCCUUCCAUCUCACCCACUGAGAAAGUUAGCACUGAUGCAACGUCUGCACCAGAGGAGGAGGCUUCAGGAGUUCAAACAGUAAACAUGUUUACAACUGGCUCACCAUCAAAUACCUCUGCAGGGACUGUGACAUCAUCUUUAAGUUUGAGUGCAACAGACCUAGUGACACGGGGGAGUGACACAACAUUAGAAACGGUACAAACAAGAGGCACAGAUGAAACAUUCAGUCCUGCCACGGGUCAGUCAGAAAAAAUGCCAACACCCACCACUAUACUUGAAGGGUGGAAAAAUAAUGAGACAACUCCUCCCUUUAAUAAAUCCACUGCAACCACUGCUUCUCCCUUAUAUAGUGCUAUUGAAAUCAUCAAGACAACUAUGGCCUCCCUCACUGAAUAUUUCAGUCCGUACUCAACGCAAACUGCAUCACAGAUGGCUGAAUUACCUGACCAAAAAGUGGAUGCAAGUGAAGAAAUUGUCACUCGUGUGACAGAUAAGGAGACUUCAGUAGAUGAGGGCACUGUGGGCACCCCUACUUCUCCAGUCAUUGGCACAGUCAAGUCACCUGAGUCUGUUCCAAUCACAGUUUCAACAGUAGAAACACAAAGUGUAACUGAGGACACAAAACAUACUGAACACACUGAAACACAAGAGACUGUAAACACAAGUCAAACUGAUAAAGCAUCAGUAACACAAGAGACAAGUUCUACUUUCCCAACAACAGAUGAAGAGAGCUCAGGUGAGCAGACAACUGAAAUUACUCAUAAAGAGACUGCAGCCCCUACAGCAUCCCCUAUGUUAAGCACAGAGAGGCCAACAGCUCUACCACUUGGAGAACAAGACAGUGCAGUCACAAGUCAGCCUGAAAGCCCCUCAGUAACUCCUUUUACUGGGAAGAUGGAGGACAGUUCUGUUCUCACUCCAGCAGAUGAAGAUGGUUCAGGUGACCAAACCCAGACCAGCUCUGUGACAGAUGCAUCCUCUCUCCAUAGCACCUGGACAUCACGGGCAAUGUCACCUGAAACAACAGAACAUGUGGAAUCAAAAAAGACAGAACUGCCACCACAUACAGGACAACCAUCAGUCUCUCCAGCCUCUGAUGAGACCCUAACUGUCUCAGUAACUGUGUCUCCAAGUCUGACUCAAGUUAUACCAUCCAUUAUUCCAGCCAUUGUGGAAGAUGUCACUAGCAGUGAACCUACAACGAUGGAGUCCAUUCCUUCUAUCACUGGAUCUGCCAUUAGCCCUGAGGCAGCAUCAUUGUCAUUUCUAACUACCAGUGAAACUGAAAGUUCAGGGGACAGCACUGUUGAUUUCACUGAAGAGUCAUUCAUAUCAACAACCGCUUCACCAAAGUCUAGCACUAUGACUUCAUCAGUGACAGCAUCACAUGAAACUGAAAUAAGUGUUACUUCAAAGCCAUCUGUGACACCAACUUCAUCACUCUACAGCACUGAGAAAACAUCAGUGUUGACUGAAACACAAGAGACUGUAACCACAAGUCUGACAGAGAAAACCUCAGGAACACAAGAGACAAUCUCUACUUUUCUAACAACAGAUGAAGGUGAACAGACUAGUGAAAUUACUGACAAAGAGAUUGAGCCUCCUACAGCAUCCUCAUUGUUUAGCACAGAGAAGCCAACAGGACUGCCAGUUAGAGAAGAAGACACGAGUCUUAUAGAAAGCUCCUCAAUAACUUCUUUUACUGAGAACAUCAAGGACAGCUCUGUUCUGACUCCAGCAGAUGAAUAUGGCUCUGGUGACCAAACACAAGAUGUGCUCACCCACUCAGUCACCCUGUCUGUGACAACUAAAUCACUUUUUCAUAGCACGGAGGCACCAACAGCACCAUCUUCUGUUACAUCAACUGUUGUUUCAGUCAUUGAGUCUGAAGAUAUUAGUAAUAAAACUACAAUGGUGGAGUCAAAGCCCCUAUUCAGUGAAUCAACCUUGAAACCUGAAAUAGCAUCAAUCCUCACUACCACAGACGGAGAGAGUUCUGGAGACAACACUGAUGAUUUUACUGAGGAAUCGGUCAUCAUAGCAACUACUGUUUCUUCAGUAUCGAUUACAGGAUCUCCAUCAGUGACAGCAUCACAUGAAACUGAAUUAAACGUAUCUUCAAAAUCAGCUCUUACUGAAGCUCCAUCACUCUACAGUACUGAGAAACCAACACCAGUGCCUCUUGAAACACAGGAGACUGUAACGACAAGUCAGGCUGAGAAAGUAUCAGCAAGACAAGAGACAAGUUCUGAUCUCCCAACAACAGAUGAAGAGAGCUCAGGUGAGCAGACAACUGAAAUCACCAGCAAAACGACUGAAGCUUCUACAGCAUCCUCAUUGUUUAGCACAGAGAAGCCAACAGCACUCCCAAUUAGAGAGCAAGACAGUGCAGUCACAAGUCAUACAGAAAGCCCCUCAGUAACUCCUUUGAACGGGAAGAUGGAGGACAGCUCUGUUCUGACUACAGCUGAUGAAGAUGCCUCUGGAAACCAAACCCAAGAUAUGUUCACUCAGGCCACCUUUGUCUCAGAUAAAUCGUCUUUUUAUAGCACUGUGGCACCAACAGCACCAUUUUCUGUGGCAUCAACUGUUGUUUCAGUCAUUGAGUCUGAAGAUAUUAGUAAUGAAACUACAAUGGUGGAGUCCAUUCCUCUAUUCGGUGGAUCGACCAUGAAACCUGAAACAGCAUCAGUCCUCUUUACCACAGAUACAGAGAGUUCUGGAGACAACACUGAUGAUUUCACCGAGGAAUCAGACUUCACAGCAACUACUGUUUCUUCAGUAUUAACUAAAGAAUCUCAAUCUGUGACAGCAUCAUAUAAAACUGAAACAAGUGUUACUUCAAAACCAGCUUUGACUUCAGCUUCAUCACUCCACAGUACUGAGAAACCAACACCAGCAUUAAUUGAAACACAAAAGACUGCAACCACAAGUCAGACUGAGAAAGCAUCAGGAACACCAGAAACAAGUUCUGCUUUCCCAGUAACAGAAGAAGAGAGCUCAGGUGAACAGCCAACUGAAAUUACCCGCACAGAGACUGCAACCCCUACAGGAUCCUCAUUGUUUAGCACAGAAAAUCCAACAGCAAUACCUGUUAGAGAACAAGACAGUGCAGUCACAAGUCAAACCGACAGCCCCUCAGUAACUCCUUUUACUGGGAAGAUGGAGGGAAGUUCUAUUCUGACUACAGCAGAUGAAGAUGGUUCAGGUGACCAAACCCAAGACAUGUUCACUCAGACCGCUUAUGUGACAGAUACAUCCUCUCUCCAUAGCACUGGGACACCAACAGCAACGGUACCUGAAACAUCAGAAAGUCCAGAAUCCUAUAAGACAGAAAUGCCAUCACAUGCAGGACAACCAUCAGUUUCUCCAGUCUCUGAGACCCUAAUAGUCUCGGCAACAAUGUCUCCAAGUUUGGCUUCAGUCAUAUCAUCCAUUGUGCCAGAUAAUGUGGAAGAUGUCAUGAGCAGUGAGCCUACAACGAUGGAGUCCAUUCCUUCUAUCACUGGAUCAGCAAUUAGCCCCGAGACAGAAUCAUUGUCAUUUCCAACUACCAGUGAAACUGAAAGUUCAGGGGACAGCACUGUUGAUUUCACUGGAGAGUCUUUGAUUUUGGCAACCACUUCGUCAUUGUCUAGCAUUGAGACUCCAUCAGUGACAGCAUCACAUGAAACUGAAACAAGUGUUACUUCAAAGCCAGCUGUUACUGCAGCUUCAUCACUCUACAGCACUGAGACACCAACAUCAGCAUUGACUGAAACACAAGAGACUGUAACCACAAGUCAGACUCAGAAAGCAUCAGUAACACAAGAGACAAUCUCUACUUCUUUAACAGCAGAAGAAGAGAGCUCAGGUGAACAGACUAGUGAGAUUACUGACAAAGAGACUGCUGCUCCUACAGUAUCCUUGUUGCUUAGCACAGAGAAUCCAACAGGGCUGCCAGUUAGUAAAGAAGUCACAAGCCAUACAGACAGACCCUCAGUAAUUCCUUUUACUGGGAAGAUGGAGGAAAGUUCUAUUCUGACUCCAGCAGAUGAAGAUGGCUCAGGUGAGCAAACCCAAGACAUGUUCACUCAGACCCCUUCUGUGACAGAUACAUUUUCCCUCUAUAGUACUGAGACACCAACAGCAAUGACACCUGGAACAUCAGAAAGUCCAGAUUCGGAUAAGAUAGAAAUGCCACCACAUAUAGGACAACCAUCAGUUUCUCCAGUCUCUGAUGAGACCCUAACAGUCUCAGUAACAAUGUCUCCAAGUUUGGUCUCAGUUAUAUCAUCAUCUUCUGCGGACAUUGUGCAAGAUGUCAUUAGCAGUGAGCCUACAAUGGUGGAGUCCAUUCCUUCCAUCACUGGAUCAACCAUUGGCCCUGAAACAACAUCACUGUCACUUCUGACUACCACUGAAACUGAAAGUUCUGGAGACGGCACUGUUGAUUUCACCGAGGAAUCAACCAUCACAGUAGUUACUAUUUCUGCAAUAUUGAUUACAGAAUCCCCAUCAGUCACAGCAUCACAUGAAAAUGAAACAAGUGUGACUUCAAAGUCAGCUGUUACACAAGCCUCUUCACUCUACAGCACUGAGAAACCAACAUCAGAAUCAAUUGAAACACAAGAGACUGUAACCACAAAUCUGACUGAGAAAAUAUCAGUCACACCACAAACAAUUUCUGCUUUCCCAGCAACAGAAGAAGAGAGCUCAGGUGAACAGCCAACUGAAAUUACCCGCACAGAGACUGCAACUCCUACAGGAUCCUCAUUGUUUAGCACAGAAAAGCCAACAGCAAUACCUGUUAGAGAACAAGACAUCAUUCGGUCAACCGUGGUCCCUGAAACACCAUCGUUGUCAUCUCGAACUACCAAUGAGAAUGAAAGUUCUGGGGACGGCACUGUUGAUUUCACUGAAGAGUCUUUUAUUUUGGCAACGACUUUAUCCUCAAUGUCUAGCACUGAGACUCCAUCAGUGACAGCAUCACAUGAAACUGAAACAAGUGUGACUUCAAAGCCAGCUGUUACACAAUCUUCAUCACUCUACAGCACUGAGAAACCAACAUCAGCAUUGACUGAAACACAAGAGACUGUAACCACAAGUCAGACUGAGAAAGCAUCAGUGACACAAGAGACAAUCUCUACUUUAACAACAGAAGAAGAGAGCUCAGGUGAACAGACGAGUGAAAUUACAGACAAAGAGAUUGCUGCUCCUACAUCAUCCUCAUUAUUUAGCACAGAAAAGCCAACAGCACUGCCAGUUAGAGAAGAUUUCCCAAGCCAUAGCGACAGCCCCUCAGUAACUAAUUUUACUGGGAAGAUGGAGGAGAGCUCUAGUCUGACUCUAGCAGAUGAAGAUGGCUCAGGUGAGCAGACCCAAAACAUGUUCACUCAGACCCCUUAUGUGACAGACACAUCCUCUCUCUAUAGCACUGGGACACCAACAGCAGUAACACCUGAAACAUCAGAAAGUCCAGACUCAGAUCAGACAGAAUUUCAAUCAUUUACAGGACAACCAUCAGUUUCUCCAGUCUCUGAUGAGACCCUAACAGUCUCAGUAACAAUGUCUCCAAGUUUGGUCUCAGCUAUAUCAUCAUCUUUUACGGACAUUGUGAAAGAUGUCAUUAGCAGUGAGUCCACAAUGGUGGAGUCCGUUCCUUACACCACUGGAUCAACCAUAGCCCCUGAAACAGCAUCAUUCUCACUUUGGAAUACCACUGAAACUGAAAGUUCUGGAGAUGGCACUGUUGAUUUCACUGAGGAGUCAACUAUCAGAGCAGAAACAAGUGUUACUUCAAAGUCAGCUGUGUCCGCAGCUUCAUCACUCUACAGCACUGAGAAACCAACACCAUUGUCACCUGUAACACAAGAAACUGUAACCAAAAAUCUGACUGAGAAAGAAUCGGUAACACCAGAAACAAGUUCUGCUUCCCUAACAACAGAUGAAAAGAGCUCAGGUGAACAGACUAGUGAAAUUACUGACACUGCAGCUCCUACAGUGUCCUCAUUGUUUAGCACAAAGAAGCCAACAGCACUGCCUGUAAGAGAACAAGACAGUGUAGUCACAAGUCAUACAGAAAGCCCCUCAGUAACUCCUUUUACUGGAGGAGAAGAGGACAGGUCUGUUGUGACUACAGCAGAUGAAGAUGGCUCAGGUGAUCAAGACAUUUUCACUCAGACAACCUCCGUGACAGAUACAUCUUCUCUCUAUAGUGAUGGGACACCAACAGCAAUGACACCUGACACAGCAGAAAGUCCAGAAUCCUAUAAGACAGAAAUGCCAUCACGUGCAGGACAACCAUCAGUUUCUCCAGUCUCUGAGACCCUAAUAGUCUCGGCAACAAUGUCUCCAAGUUUGGCCUCAGUCAUAUCAUCCAUUGUUCCAGAUAAUGUGGAAGAUGUCAUGAGCAGUGAGCCUACAAUGGUGGAGUCCAUUCCUUCCAUCACUGGAUCUGCCAUUAGCCCUGAGACAGAAUCAUUGUCAUUUCCAACUACCAGUGAAACUGAAAGUUCAGGGGACAGCACUGUUGAUUUCACUGGAGAGUCUUUGAUUUUGGCAACCACUUCAUCAAUGUCUAGCAUUGAGACUCCAUCAGUGACAGCAUCACAUGAAACUGAAACAAGUGUUACUUCAAAGCCAGCUGUUACUGCAGCUUCAUCACUCUACAGCACUGAAAAACCAACAUCAGUGUCACCUGAAACACAAGAGACUGUAACCACAAGUCAGAAUGAGAGCGUGUCAGUAUCACAAGAGACAAGUUCUUAUUUGCCAGCAACAGAUGAAGAGAGUUCAAGUGAACAGCCCACUGAAAUUACUCAUAAAGAGACUGCAGCUCCUACAGUGUCCUCAUUGUUUAGCACAGAGAAGCCAACAGCACUGCCUGCUACAGAACAAGACAGUGCAGUCACAAGUCAGCCUGAAAGCCCCUCAGUAACUCCUUUCACUGGGAAGAUGGAGUACAGCUCUGUUGAGACUCCAGCAGAUGAAGAUGGUUCAGGUGACCAAAUCCAGAUCACCUCUGUGACAGAUAUAGCCACUCACUACAAUGCUGGGACAGCAGGACCAAUUUCACUUGAAACAACAGAACAUCCAGAAUCAGAUAAGACAGAAACAUCAUCACAUACAGGACAGCCAUCAGUUUCUCCACUCUCUAACGAGACCUUGACCCUCUCAGUAACAAUGUCUCCAAGUUUGGCAUCAGUCAUACCGUCCAUUGUUCCUGACACCGUGGAAAAUGUCAUUAGCAGUGAGCCUCCCAUUACGGAGUCCAUUCCUUCUAUCACUGAAUCAACCAUUAGCCCUGAAAGAGCAACACACAGAGCAUCACAUGAAACUGAAACGAUUGUUACUUCAAAGUCAUCUGUUACACCAGCUUCAUCACUCUACAGUACUGAGAAACCAACACCAACAUUAAUUGAAACACAAGAAAGUGUAACCACAAGUCUGACUGAGAAAGCAUCAGGAACACCAGAAACAAGUUCUGCUUUCUGGAGAACAGAUGAGGAGAGCUCAGGUGAAGAGACCACUGAUAUAACCCACAACGAGACUGCAGCUCCUACAAUGUCCUCGUUGUUUAGCACAGAGAAGCCCACAGCACUACCUGUUAGAGAACAAGACAGUGCAGUCACAAGUCAUUCUGAAAGCCUCUCAGUAACUCCUUUGAUCGGGAAGAUGGAGGACAGCACUGUUGUGACUCCAGCAGAUGAAGAUGGCUCAGGUGACCAAACCAAAGACAUUUUCACUCAGACGACCUCUGUGACAGACACAUCCUCUCUCUUUAGCAAUGGGACACCAACAGCAAUGACACCUGAAACAGCAGAAAGUCCAGAAUCCUAUAAGACAGAAAUGCCAUCACAUGCAGGACAACCAUCAGUUUCUCCAGUCUCUGAGACCCUAAUAGUCUCGGCAACAAUGUCUCCAAGUUUGGCCUCAGUCAUAUCAUCCAUUGUGCCAGAUAAUGUGGAAGAUGUCAUGAGCAGUGAGCCUACAAUGGUGGAGUCCAUUCCUUCCAUCACUGCAUCUGCCAUUAGCCCUGAGACAGAAUCAUUGUCAUUUCCAACUACCAGUGAAACUGAAAGUUCAGGGGACAGCACUGUUGAUUUCACUGGAGAGUCUUUGAUUUUGGCAACCACUUCAUCAUUGUCUAGCAUUGAGACUCCAUCAGUGACAGCAUCACAUGAAACUGAAACAAGUGUUACUUCAAAGCCAGCUGUUACUGCAGCUUCAUCACUCUAUAGUACUGAGACACCAACAUCAGCAUUGACUGAAACACAAGAGACUGUAACCACAAGUCAGACUGAGAAAGCAUCAGUGACACAAGAGACAAUCUCUACUUCUUUAACAGCAGAAGAAGAGAGCUCAGGUGAACAGCCAACUGAAAUUACCCGCACAGAGACUGCAGCUCCUACAGCGUCCUCAUUGUUCAGCACAGAGAAGCCAACAGCACUGCCUGUUACAGAACGAGACCAUGCAGUCACAAGUCAUACAGAGAGCUCCUCAGUAACUCCAUUGACUGACAAGAUGGAAGAGAGCUCUGUUCUCACUCCAGCAGAUGAAGAUGGCUCUGGUGACCAAACCCAAGACAUGUUCACCAAGACCACAUCUGUAACCUCCAAAUCACUUUUUUAUAGCACAAGUGCACCAAUAAGAGUAUCUUCUGUUCCAUCAACUGCUGGUUCAGACAUUGAGGCUAAAGGUAUUGGUAGUGAAACUACAAAAGUGGAGUCAUUCCCUUCAUUCAGCAGAACAACCAUGAAACCUGAAACGGCAUCAUUCUUCUCUAUCACAGAUACAGAGAGUUCUGGAGACAGCACUGAUGAUUUCACCGAGGAAUCAGUCAUCACAGCAACUACUGUUUCUUCAAUAUUGACUACAGAAUCCCCAUUAGUGACAGCAUCAUAUGAAGCUGAAAGAAGCGUUACUUUCAAACCAGCUAUUUCUGCAGCUUCGUCCCUCUACAGUACUGAGAAACCAUCAUCAGUGUCACCUGAAACAAAAGAGACUGUAACCACAAGUCAGACUGGCAAAAUACCAGUAACACUGGAAACAAGUUCUAGCUUGGAAAUAACAAAUGAAAAUGGCACAGAUGAGACCACUGGGUUGUCCAGCAAUGACACUAUGGCUCCUACCACUUCCUCAUUGUUUAGCACAGGGAAACCAACAGCAAUGCCUUUUGACAGUACUGUUGAACUUCGUACAGAAAGCCCCUCAUUAAUGCCUUUUACAGAAAAAAGCGAGGGAAACUCUACUCUGACUCCAGAUCAAUCUAGCCAUUCCUCAAUGCCAGGAACCACAGCCACCACAAAUCUGCAGUCAAAAUUGGACAUCACAAUUACACAACAACCUCAGAUGCUUUUAAGCCCAGCCAUCCAGAUCAUUGAUGAAUCAGAGACAGAUUCUGCAGUGACAGCAGAGGACAACUUAACUGGACAAACAACUGAAAUUUUGACAGAAGAAUCAUCUGCCCUGUCUUUUUUGCCUGAUAUGUACCAAACGGUGGAACCAAGCAGCCUCGCAGCUAUUGUGAUUGGCAGCUCACAGGAAACAGCUACUGCAUCUCCAAGCUCCUCAUCUAUUCCUAUUAUUGAUGAAAAGCAGUUUAUUGAUCAAAUCCCUGACUUGACCACCAAAGCUGCUGGUAAUGCAUCAGCCAUGGCCUCUUCAGUGUCUAGCACAGAAAACCCAGAAGUAACAUCAGCAUCACUUGCAACUGGAAUUAGUGAGAGUUCACAAUUUGAGCUUGUUACAUCUUCUCCUUUGUACAAUAAUAAGAGUACCGUUUCACCUGACACAGAAACUUUUGAAACACAGUCUGUGAUCACAACUACUCAAAGUACUGGAAGUCAAACUCCUGAUGAACUCCUGUCUCCUUCUUCAACCGAUAUCUCAUCAUCAUCUAUAGUCAGUACUAUAAAACCUGUAAUGAAAACUGUAGAAGUAUCCGCUUCAACAACAGGUGUUACUUCAUCUCCAUAUAGUACUGAAAAACCACCAGAUGUUUCAGCUGGCACAGUCCAUGAAGAGGGUUCUGGAGACCAAAUCUCUGAUGUGUUUGCUGAGCUCUCUUCUGUGACAUCAUCGUCUGAAUCCGCAAGCCUCAGCACAGAAGUGACAUUGAUUGAAUCCUUACCUACCUUUAUGAGGACAACUGUCAAGCCCACCAGCACUGCUUUUACCAUGGACUCAAGUUCGUUAUUCACUGAUGAAGAGGGUUCAGCCGAUGUUGCCACUACUCCUGUUUCUUCUGUUUUCAGCACAGACACAGCUCCAGCAGUGUUUGCAGAAUCAACUGAGAGCACUGCAACAGAUGAAACAUCUGUUACUCCUACAGAGGUUCUCACAAAAGAAACAGCCAGUGCAGCCGCUUCAGUGAUUAGCACAAAAAAACCAUUAUUGACAACAACAUCACCGGAAACUGAAACAAGUGAGGAUUUAAAAUCUCAUGUUACUGUAGCUUCGUCUCUCUACAGUACAGAGACACCGCCACCAGUUGUUUCCACUGACUCUCAAAGCAAACUCCUGUUCUCUCCAGAAACAGAUGAAAGUCACACAGCUGAGACUCAGAGUACAUCACAGCGUGGUGUUCAAUCAUCAACCCAAUCCUCAUCACAGUUCAUGAAAGUCAAGUCUACAGAUGCUACCGAAUUUUCUACCACAACUGAGGCAACAACAGCAUCAGUGUCUGAGUCAGGAAGUGGUGAUUUUAUGGAAGUAGAGAGCUCAGGAGAGGACACUUCAGCAUCCACAGAUGACACUCCCCCAGAAACACCAACAGCAGCUGAGAAACCCUCAGUGGAACAAACAACUGGUGCAACAACCACAUUUAGUCCGUCAGUUACGUUGAGUAAAGAAUUUCCAACUGCCACAACAAGUCCCUUAGGCUUAACCACUCAAUCUACGGCAGUCUCUAGUGGCACAGUGUUCACCUCAAAGGAAACCUCUACUUACAUUGACAUGGAGAGCUCUGGUUACUCAACUGAAGAGGAUGAUUUAGAGUCAAGUCCAGAUGGAUCUGGUGCAGAAAUAUUCAUUGACACUACCAAAAAACCACAGGAUGAAUAUUCUGUUGCUACAGAUGAGACUGAAACGGAUGAGACUGCAUUCUCAACUCUCUCCAGCAUACAUCUUACCAAGGAAUUUACGUCAUCGACCCAAUCUCCGCACGUGACAAGCACUGAGAUGUACAUUACUGAGCAGGGCAGUGGGGUCUUCACAGAUGACUAUGCAGUGGAUGAGAGUUCAGGUGCUGACUUUUUUGAUGAAUCAACUACAUCACAAGUUACAGGUUCUCAUGUGAUAUCCACCACUCCUGUGGCAACUACAAAACAAAUAAUAUUGUCCUCAAGUGUUGUUGCUGUUAUUGAGGAGAGCUCAAGUGACCAAACAACAGAUAAGUCCACCUACAAUGUUAUUACUGAAAAACCCACUGGCUACACAGCUUCUUCUGUUUACAGCACUGAGAAGCCAACAGCAUCUCCUGAAAUGCACACUUCAGCAGUUCAGGGGAGCUCAGCUGAUAUGUUCUCCCAGAUGUCUUCUGUGUCACCUUCAUCUGUUUAUAACACAGAAUCCACUGCUGUUGUUUUGGAUGCAUCUUCAGGUUUGUUGGAUAGUGCUGAGAGUUUGGACUAUGCUACUAGCAAACAACCCUUACUUGUGGAAUUAGUGCCUUCCUCCACAGGAGUAAUUGAAAGGCCUGUUGAACCACCUGUGGGUAGCACUAGUCCCUCCACAGGUACAAUCUCAGUGUCUUCAGAAGAGGAUGGUUCAGGUGAUCAUACUGUUGAACUUACUAAAGAGGAUGCUACAGUGUCUUCAGUGUUCAGCACAAAGAAGCCAACAACAACAGCAGCAUCUCAUGCUGGUACUACAAAGAGUACACACUCUUCAUUGUUCAGCACAGAGAAUCCUGAAACAACAACAGCACUGCAUGGAAGCGAAGUAUCUGAGAUUCCAAAAUCUGCUGUAACUGCAGCAUCUUCUCUCUACAGCACUGAGAAGCCAAAUGUGACACUCAAGUAUGGUGUCACAUCUGCCCAGCCAGUUCACAUAUCUAUAUCUGCAACUGAAAAAUUGACACCAACUCCUGCCUUUACUUUAACAGAGGAAGAUAUUUCUCAUGACCAAACGACCUCAAAGCCUUCAUUGGUGGAGAGCAGCACAUUUGGAGAAGCAGUAGGUGAAACUGAAACCUUUGUUUCAGUUACACCAACCUCUGAUGAGCAGGUUUCCUCACAGGAGGGUGAAAUUACUCUUGAUACUUCUGAAACAACAGAGACCCCUUUUUCAGGUGCUGCAAAAAAUGUUACUGAAUCUGAACUUAUGACACAGUCCUCCAGUACAAGUACUUUUGCCCAUACGACUGAAGCUUCAUUUAGUGAUCACACUACAGUUGACUUCUCCAUGGUAGAUUCCAGCAGUGAACGUAAGCAAGAUGGAUUCAUAAUGAUGUCCACCCCCAUUCCCUCCAUUAUAUAUCAUGGCGUCACAGACCAACAAGUUGUUAUCAUCACUCCCAGCAGCAGCCAAGCCAAGACUGACUUAACUGAACAAACACCUACUAUGGUCCUACAUGUGUCUAAACCAUCAACCAGCACAGCCAUCAUAUUUACAGAUGUAAAAGAUGAAGAUGAGCUGUUCUCUGCAGUUACAGACAGUACAAGAAAAGACAACCCUACUCCUGAACUUUUCACCAAAGAUGAUACUAUAAUUGAUGCAGAUACUAUUUCCAUAGUUCCUUCUUCCUCAUUUUACCCAGCCAUCCAGACAGAGGAAGCUGGAGGUGCAGCAGUUACAAUUGCACAAAGGUUUGAGGUAACAGAAGAACCAGAGGGUUCAGGGACUGAUAGUGCCACCUUCUUUUCUCCUACACCAGGAAAUUUACAUAUAUCUUCAGCCAGUGAUUCAUUAUUGCCCUCAACAUCCACUCAGUAUUCAUUGUCCACUUCAAAACUAUCAACCAUGGAAGGUGUUUCUAGUAUGGAGACAUCCGGUGAAGAGACGACCCCAGCCGCUACUGUGCCCUCAAGCUCUGAAGAAACCUAUAAUUUAACUACCCCCCAUACAGUUUUCCCUGUUGAGACUCAUACCAAACCAGUUCCAGAGCUGGCAGUGGGUGAUUUAUCAGGAGAGGACACCGAUAAUGUCACUGAAAUCACCAUCUCAUCUUUGCCUUCUCAUCUCAGCUUAACUGAAACAACAGACAUAAGCUCAGUCACUCCGGUGUCCAGUGAGGAGUAUAUGGUCAGCACAGUCGACAAAGUAACGGCGAAACCAUAUGUCACUUCUGUGUCAGAGAUUACUGAUACAGAGACCUUGGCAGCAACAGCUUCAACAGUAAAAGUUGAAGCAGUAGCGUUUUCUGUUACCUCGCCUGAACCUGGAACUAGGGAGACUGAAAUUGCAGUCUCAAGUACUGCUUCCAGUCUCAAUAGCACUGGGAAGCCAACUGUCACAUCCUCUGCUAAUGUUACUGAGAAAGAUAGAUCAGAUGAUGACACUCAUGUGACAGAGCCCAUGACACAGACAGCUGCUCCUCUGCACAGUACAGUGAAAAUGGACCAAGUGCUAUCUACUACAACUUUAUCUCCUUCCUACAGCACAGAUGAAGUUUUAGUUGCGAGUAACACAAGUUUUUCAGGUAUGGAGGGCUCGGGGGAUGAGAUCUUAGGUACUACAACUACAUCAACUAGGAGGGUGACAUCUGAACGUGAAAUGACAACAACCACUCCACUUUCCUCCCUGUUCAGCACAGAAAAAUCUUCCAUAAUGACCCAUGAGGAUCAAACUCAAAUGAAUGAGACAACUGCAGAGGUAGAGACAGGAUCAUUGUCAGAAACGGUUUUAUCCCCUACCUAUGGAGCAACAUCACCUCCAGCACUUGAAGAGAGCACAACAGAGCACAUCACCUCUAUAUCUACAAAGAAACCCAUCACUACAUCCACAGUGGCUUCCAUACAAAGCACUUCAAGUCCUGAUGUGAUGGUUCAGUUUGUCACUACCUUUGUCCCAGAAUCGGAUACAACACCAGCUGAAGUGUCCUUCCAGCAGGCCAGGUCUGAGAUCACAUUCACACAUCAUCCCCAAACUGAUAUCUCCUCUGAGAAAACUGUGUUGGCCACAACCAGCCCAAUAUUACACAGUGACGAGUCAAGCCAGAAUUUUGAACCUAGUGAUGUGACUCCUCAGACAGGAGUAGAAACCACUUCAAUGGAAGACAAGACAGUUGAAGCAACUCGUCCAGUGCUUUCAAGUCAUGAAACAAAUUGGAUUACAAAAUCAACAACAGUCUCUUCUUUGGUGGCUGAAGCUGUUUCAGUUUUGGGGGAAAAUGGGACAGCUGAACCCACUGAUGAUCAGGUCUCAAGUGGUGCUGAUAUAAAUGCACAAAUAAAGCCCUCUUCUCCAGAUGACAGCCUUUAUGAGAAUAUGAAUUAUCCAAGCCCAGAUUAUGAAGCACCAAACCUAAAUGUUGUGGAAGCAGUUCCCCAAAACAAUGAAACUACAACAAGAGAAAUAACAGGGUUGGUUUCUCAAACAUCUGACAGUCAACCUGUUGACUCAGUGGGAAGUACUGAAAGUGGCUCAGAAGAAAAGGCAACCGAGUCACCUGUAAAAGCAGCAGAGACAGCAGCUAUCACUUUCUUGCCUUCUGCUCCAGCUCCAAUCAGUGCAGCAUCCUCCUCUAGUUCUGAGAGUGGCUCAGAAAGCAGCAGCUCAGCAGAAACCAUGUCAACAGCAAGCACUAUUAAGCUGGAUGGUGGUGUCUUUGAGAAUGUCACCUCUGUGCUUCUAUCUUCCACAACUAAGUCACCCUCUGUCUUUAGCACUGGGGCCGAAAGCGGGUCAGUCAGUUCUGAGAGUGCGUCUGGAGAGACAACUUCAAAAAAAAGUGACAGUAUGGAGGAUCAGUCUCCAGAUGAAAUCCAGACUGUAUUCAAGGUAGAUGCUACCACGGAGUCCACCAGUGCUGAUAGCACUUCUGGAAAAGAGAAACUUGUGGGCGCAAUAGAGGGAGAUAUCUCUUCUCACACAGAAAUCCCCGCAGGUAGCCAUACAGAGUUCACAACAGUGACACUAGCUCAAACACAAAACCAGCCAGUGACAGCUGCACCUGUAACCACGACUCAGUCAUCUUUUCCUAAGGGGGAUAAGGAACUGAACAAUGACAUAGCUGCACCUCCAUCACUUACUGGAGAAGAAUCCCCAUCAAGAAGACAAGAAGCAACUGCACUCCCUGAAGCUGGACUCGAUUUGGGGCACACCGUCAUUGGCGAGACCGUUGACAUUCCAGAAGUUCACUCGUGUUCAGAAAACAUUUGUCUGAAUGGAGGAUCUUGCCACAAGAGCGGCAGCAUCUUUAUUUGUAGCUGCACUCCUGGUUACAGCGGUGAUCGUUGUCAAACAGACAUUGAUGAGUGCCAGUCAAACCCUUGUCGCAAUGGAGGUACAUGUGUUGAUGGGCUGGCUUCCUUCACAUGUGUGUGCCUCCCAAGCUACUCUGGGCUGUAUUGUGAGGAGGAUACAGAAGCAUGUGACUAUGGCUGGCAUAAGUUUCAGGGCCACUGCUACAAGUACUUCCCUCACAGGAAAAACUGGGACACAGCAGAAAGAGAGUGUCGCAUACAGGGGGCUCAUCUGACCAGCAUCCUCUCCCAUGAGGAGCAACAGUUUGUCAAUCGUCUUGGACAGGACUACCAGUGGAUCGGCCUAAAUGAUAAGAUGUUCGACAGUGACUUCCGCUGGACCGAUGGCAGUACUCUGCAAUAUGAAAACUGGAGGCCCAACCAGCCCGACAGCUUCUUCACCUCUGGUGAGGAUUGUGUCGUGAUGAUAUGGCACGAGGACGGACAAUGGAAUGAUGUUCCAUGCAACUACCACCUCACCUUCACCUGCAAGAAGGGCACAGUGGCCUGCAGUCAGCCCCCUCUGGUGGAGAAUGCACGUACCUUCGGGAAGAUGCGUGAGAGAUAUGAGGUCAACUCGCUGGUGAGGUACCAGUGCCGGACAGGCUUUAUUCAGAGGCAUGUCCCAACUAUCCGUUGUCGAGGGGAUGGACGAUGGGAUGUCCCUAAAAUCUCCUGCAUGAAUCCAUCAAACUAUCAGAGGACCAUUAUCAGAAAACAUCAACACAAUAGUCUCUACAGCAUCAACAACUUCAAGAAAUGGCCAGAUGAGGCAGUCCGCUUUCACUAUCAGCUCUACCGGGGGAGGAGAGACAGGACUGAACAGAAGCGGAAGAGAAAGUGAUCGCCGUGUAACAUGGCAGAGAUUCCCCCAGACGAAAACACAUGACUGAUGCUUGUGUGGAAAGAGGAAAAGGAUUCUCAAAGAAAAAGCACAAGAGAAAACUCCUGAAAGAAACCAAGAGGAUAACCUGUAGUUUUCUUGCAUUUUGGAUGACGAUGGAAUCUUGUGAAGUGCCUUCAAAGAGAUGCUGAUACAUGACUUUUCUUAUCAAGGGGCACUGCUUUAUAACAAUGCCAAUGUGGAAAAAAUAAUUUCAGCUGGCUACUGGAAAAGCAAAAAGUACACUCAUUCUUUUUCAAACCGCGGUAGAUAUUUCUUUGUCCUUAGCUUAACAAUACCUUUAUGAUUGAUGACUAAUAUGUUUGUACACUGACUGUGCUAUUUAAAAUCACCAUAAGUGUUCCUUAUUCAUAGAGAAAAAAAAAAAAAACUUGUGAAA